AUGAAGCGCCGGCGUUUGCUAUAUAAGCAGCCUCUUCCUGCCGCGCCGUCGAGUGAUGAGCUUGGGCAGGUGAGAACGCUUGUGAGAGACAAGUGGGUUGCCUCCUACCUUGCCGAGCAUGGACGUGGGGGUCAGGAUGCACGUGCUGCGGCCAAACGAGAGUUCACCUCAGCCGCCAACAAGCGUCAGAUGCUGAGUUCCAUGCUGGAGUCUGGGCAGGUACCACCCCGGCUUCAUGCAGCAGCCACCCGUCUAAUCAUGGCUUGGACAUCUGAGACGCCCCUCCGUGGCCCACAUGAGGUGGAGGAGGAUGUCAUGAGUUCGUACCGUGGCAGUGGGACUAUGUUUCGGUAUUCAGGGUCGUGGAGCCGUGUGGACGAUGCCGCAAUGUCGGCGGUGCUGGUUGCGAAGGGUCACAAUGGCAUUUCUGAGGUAUGCAGUCGCCUCAAGUGUCACCCCUAUGUGCAAGGAUUGUGGGACGAGUUCUCGGCCUUCAGGCAGCAGCUGGUGUCAAGCACACCUAUCACGCGCUGGACUGCAGCCAUGGAGCUACAUGUGGAAGCUUCGCUUGCGGCCAACCCUCCCAUUCCAUCGGUACACAUACAUUUUAUGUUUGAUGCCAUUGGCAAGACCAUCUCAUUUCGAAAUGAGCCUGGAUUGACGUUUCGCAACUCGCAGCCGUACAGGUCGCUUGCAGCACCAGUCGCCCGCGGACGGGCUUGCAAACGAGCCUAUGAUCAGGGGCACUUUUACUCGACUCCGCUCAAGACAGGUGCCAUACUCCAUGCCACAAAUGCACCACCGUUCAAGUCCUAUGCAGUGUCUCCAGAAUGGAUCACAAGCAUGUGGCAAGGGGAUAAAUUGUCUCCGGAAUCGGCCAAGGAACUCUAUCUCAAGAGCAAAAAGCACGUCAAACAGUAUUGUGACAAUGUCACAUCACAGGUCCAGAUGACCCAGCAGAGCAACUUGCAGGAACGCCAGGCUGCAGCACAGGCAGCCUUGCUCCGCAUGCAUCGUCCUCGGGUGUAUCUGGAACCAGUGGAACAAGAGUUCUUGCCUCAAUUCCAGGUGGAUGCUUUCAGACGACGCUUCUUGGUGCUGGACGGACCCACGAAGCUCGGCAAGACGACCUCCAGCCUUGCAGGACCCGAACACACUCUGGAGUUGAAUUGUGCAUCGUCCAUGGAACCCAAUUUGCGGGACUUCAACAAUGAUGUUCAUCGCGCGAUCGUGUUUGAUGAGGCAUCUUGUGCCAUGGUUCUCCGGCACAAGAAGCUUUUCCAGGGUGGUGUGCAACCACUGGAACUGGCCAGCUCCAACACGAAUUGCUACUCUUACAAGGUUUGGGUCUAUGGCACGAUGAUGAUCGACAAGCAACACCUGGUUGCAUGUCUUCGAAGAAAGAUUUCUUCGUUGUCACGGACGAGAAGAGCCGAGAAGCAGCGGGAAGCCAACAUGGGUUUGAAUCCCCGUCAAGUGUUUGUCUUAUUGGCGAUUUAUGUACUUACUGGUGACCCAGCGGUGGCUCUCGAGUAUAUCAGCGCGAAGGCUGCGCGUGAAAGGAUGGAAGAGGCAGACGCAGAAGACAAGAAACGCUAUGUAGAAGAGCUGUACCUCAAAACAAGCUUGGAAGACAUAGCAUCGCUGCAGGAUCCUUCUGGUUCGCGGCAGGGCAUUUACAAGACUGCACAGCGUUGGAUUGCCAGACGAAGAACCAGAAACUGCGUGUGCAAUAUGAAUGCGAUUGGCGUGGCUCCAAGUUCAGAGCAAGUUGCAGAAGAAUAUCGCAAACAAAGUGCGUCCUCUGUACCAACUACCGAUGCCCGUGGAUUACGAGCCUGGAGCAGUCGCUUCCGUCGCAGUUUUGCCUUCCGGCUGGGCAAGAUGAAAGCGGCCAAGCCAGUGGAAGAUGUUUGUGCAAAGGCCGUGCUCUUCUUGCGCCACGCUGCUUGGUUGGAACGCUCCAGCGCGAAGCAGCCAGUCUACAUCAAUAUAGAUGAAACGGCUUUAGCCUAUUCGUUCCAUGCUGUUGCAUGUCUUCGAAGAAAGAUUUCUUCGUUGUCACGGACGAGAAGAGCCGAGAAGCAGCGGGAAGCCAACAUGGGUUUGAAUCCCCGUCAAGUGUUUGUCUUAUUGGCGAUUUAUGUACUUACUGGUGACCCAGCGGUGGCUCUCGAGUAUAUCAGCGCGAAGGCUGCGCGUGAAAGGAUGGAAGAGGCAGACGCAGAAGACAAGAAACGCUAUGUAGAAGAGCUGUACCUCAAAACAAGCUUGGAAGACAUAGCAUCGCUGCAGGAUCCUUCUGGUUCGCGGCAGGGCAUUUACAAGACUGCACAGCGUUGGAUUGCCAGACGAAGAACCAGAAACUUCGUGUGCAAUAUGAAUGCGAUUGGCGUGGCUCCAAGUUCAGAGCAAGUUGCAGAAGAAUAUCGCAAACAAAGUGCGUCCUCUGUACCAACUACCGAUGCCCGUGGAUUACGAGCCUGGAGCAGUCGCUUCCGUCGCAGUUUUGCCUUCCGGCUGGGCAAGAUGAAAGCGGCCAAGCCAGUGGAAGAUGUUUGUGCAAAGGCCGGGUGCUGGGUUCUCGAGACUUCCUGCACGCGUAACACCGCAUGCUUAUGGUAG